GGCUCGGUGUCAGACGGAGAGAGAGACAGGACAGCGGCGGGGUGAAGUGUACCGUGGUCCGGCUGUCUGUGCUGGCCAUGCAGGGGAGAGGAUGGGGGAAGACGCAAGAGUUUCUCCGCUCAAGAACUUCGUAGCUGGGGGGGUCGCCGGAGCCUGUCUGCUGCUGGCCGGACACCCGCUGGACACCAUCAAGGUGAGGCUACAGACGCAGCCCAAAGUCUCCGGCGCUCAGUAUGUGCUCUACACAGGAACGUAUGACUGUUUCCGCAAGACCGUAUCCAAAGAGGGUAUCCUCGGCCUCUAUAAAGGUAUGGGGGCUCCUCUGGCGGGCGUGGCUCCUAUGAUGGCCAUCAGUUUCUUUGGGUUUGGUCUGGGCAAACAGCUCCAGCAGACAGACCCUGGCAAACCCCUAACACACACUCAAAUAUUCCUGUCUGGCUGUCUGGCAGGGGUCUUUACUACGGUGAUAGUGGCUCCAGGAGAAAGGAUCAAAUGUUUACUGCAGGUGCAGGCUAGCAGCGGUAAGUUGAGGUACUCGGGUCCGCUUGACUGUGCAGUCACGCUCUAUAAGAAGCAGGGGCUCCGCAGUGUCUACAAAGGGACUGUGCUCACUCUCAUCAGAGAUGUGCCUUCUAAUGGUCUGUACUUCCUGACAUACGAAUACCUCAAAAACUUCCUGACACCUGAGGGUCAAAGUGUUUCUCAGCUCAGCACUCCCAACAUCCUCCUGGCUGGUGGUGUAGCGGGGAUAUUAAACUGGACGAUCGCUCUUCCUCCAGACGUCCUCAAGUCCAACUUCCAGACAGCUGCAGAGGGGAAGUACAAAGGUCUGGUCGACGUCCUGAGAACGCUGCUCAGAGAAGAAGGACCAAAAGCACUCUAUAAAGGAUUCAAUGCUGUCUUUCUGCGAGCUUUCCCUGCCAACGCGGCCUGUUUUUUGGGGUUUGAGGUGGCGUUGAAGGGAUUGAACAUGCUCGCACCCAGUUGGUGAAAUAAAUCUGUGACUGGCCACCAGUCUGGACCAGGAAACAAAGAUCUCUGCUUGUCUAUACCAUAAACUGUGUUUUGUGUCUUUGGAGUCAUAUUGAGGAUGUAUUCUUAAAUGUAAUGUUACAUUUAUUUUUACAAAUGAAUUAAUUUAAUUGUCAUCCUUCAGAAUCCAGAUUUUUACUUACCUUUUGUGUAUAAUGGCACAAUAUAAACACACAUUAUUGAAUGUAUAAUUUUAUUGUGAGGGGGCAUCUAAGCCUUCUCUCAUUUUUUAAGUGUUUACAAACUAUUUGUGAUGUUUGUAAAAUGUCAGCUGAUUAAUUUUUUAGCCUUUCAGUUUAGUAUGGAUUUAUGUAUGAAUUAGUUUAAGUAUUUUUUAAUCUAAAAGCUCUGCCAAAAAACAGUAUUACUUGAUGCUUCUUGAAGAGGUUUGUUUGGUCUGUGUACAGGCUCAGGGAAGUUUUAUAAGCUUUGUGAUUAACGGGUUUGAAUAAAGUGAUUUUUGCCAUA